AUGAUGAAGGAGGAGGGCCUGCUGGGGCGUCGCCGUUUCUCCACGUGCGGCGGCACGGCCUCGCUGCGACCCCCUCACCCGGACGGACGCAAACUCAUCCGCAAUGCCUCCUUCGGGGGUUAUAACGAGCUGUCGCCCAUUUCGCUGUCAGGGUUCGAGAGAGGGAAGGAGGACCUUUUAUCGCUGCCUUUGAAAGAGGAUUCACUUUCCAUAUCCAAGAGCAAGUCAGAAACCAAGCUGUACAAUGGCUCCGACAAGGACGUGUCCGCGUCUGGAGGCAAGCUCACCAAGAAGGAGUCCCUCAAGGUGCAGAAAAAGAACUACAGGGAAGAGAAGAAGAGGGCGACAAAAGAGCUGCUUAGUACCAUCACCGAUCCUUCCGUCAUCGUCAUGGCUGACUGGCUGAAGAUCCGCGGAACCCUGAAAAGCUGGACCAAACUCUGGUGCGUGCUGAAACCGGGCGUCCUGCUGAUUUACAAGACCCACAAGAACGGCCAGUGGGUGGGCACGGUGCUGCUCAACGCCUGCGAGCUCAUCGAAAGACCCUCCAAGAAAGACGGCUUCUGCUUCAAGCUCUUCCACCCCCUGGAGCAGUCCAUCUGGGCCGUCAAGGGUCCUAAAGGCGAGGCGGUGGGCUCCAUCACUCAGCCGUUACCCAGCAGCCACCUCAUCUUCCGUGCCGCUUCCGAAUCUGACGGCCGUUGCUGGAUGGACGCGCUAGAGCUGGCCUUGAAGUGCUCCAGCCUGCUAAAAAGAACCAUGAUCCGUGAGGGAAAGGAAGACGUGAGCACGGUGGCAUCCGGAGGAGAACAUUCCCUUAACUUCUACAGCCUCCUGCGUGCCCACAACAUUCAUGGCUUCCAGUUUAACGACAGCGACCAUUUGAAAGACCCGGACCUUUACUCCGAUAAGUCCGACCGGGAGGGCGAGCCGGACCACGAGGAGUCGGACCCGGAAGGCCUGGAGAAAAGCGAGGAGAGCGACAGCGACACGUCAGAGCGCCAGGACGACUCGUACGUCGACAUGGACCCCAACGAGCACGUGCGAGAAACGUCCUACCUGGAGCAAUCCCACGAGGAACUGGGAGAGGCAGGUGAAGCCGCCCAGACCGAGACCGUUUCAGAGGAAAACAAGUCGCUCAUAUGGACUCUCCUAAAGCAAGUACGACCAGGCAUGGAUCUGUCUAAAGUAGUCCUGCCCACGUUCAUCCUGGAGCCCAGGUCCUUUUUGGAUAAACUCUCGGACUACUACUACCAUGCCGACUUCUUGUCCGAGGCUGCGGUGGAGGAAAAUGCCUACAACCGAAUGAAGAAAGUGGUCAAGUGGUACAUUUCCGGCUUUUAUAAAAAGCCAAAGGGCUUGAAAAAGCCUUACAACCCCAUUAUUGGCGAAACUUACCGUUGCAUGUGGCUCCACCAAAAAACCACCAGCAAGACUUUUUACAUUUCAGAACAGGUAUCGCAUCAUCCUCCCGUGUCAGCAUUUUAUGUCAGCAACAGGAAGGAUGGAUUCUGCCUCAGUGGAAGCAUUCUCGCCAAGUCCAAAUUCUAUGGAAACUCAUUGUCAGCCAUUUUAGACGGCGAGGCUCGACUCACAUUCCUUAACCGAGGAGAAGACUAUGUCAUGAAUAUGCCUUACGCUCACUGUAAAGGCAUCCUUUAUGGCACCAUGACUCUGGAGCUGGGUGGUCAGAUCACCAUUGCGUGUGAGAAGACGGGCUACAGUUCGCAGCUGGAGUUUAAACUCAAGCCAUUUCUGGGAAGCAGUGACAGCGUCAACCAAGUUUCCGGAAAGAUAAAGCUAGGGAAGGAAGUGCUAGCAACUUUGGAAGGACAUUGGGAUAGCGAGAUCUUCAUCAAUGACAAGAAGACUGGAACUGUGGACACUUUUUGGAACCCCACACCGGACUUGAGGCAAAGCAGACUCACCCGUUGCACCGUCCCGCCGGAGGAGCAGGGGGAGUUUGAAUCGGAAAGACUGUGGCAGCACGUGACGAGGGCCAUCAACAACAAGGACCAGACGGACGCCACCAACGAGAAGUUCAUUCUGGAGGAAAGCCAGAGGAAGUCUGCUCGGGAGAGGAAAGCCAAAUGCGAGGAGUGGAAUCCCACUUUGUUCGAGCAGGACCCCGUCACUGGAGAGUGGCACUAUAAAUACGCAGACACGAGGCCAUGGGACCCUCUUAACGACCUGAUCCAGUUUGAAAAAGACGGUUGUAUCCAGACCAAGGUCCGACACCGCACCCCCAUGGUCACGGUGCCAAAGAGGAAACACAAGAGCGACAAAGCUAAAAGUCCAGAGAGCGGAUGCUCUUCGCCUGAGCUUGACCGGCAGGAUUCCUCCGGAAGCGAACGACACAAAAGCAAACAUAACAGCCGUCUGCGCAAGAAGGGCGCAGACUUCACCGAACUUCAAAGUGCCAUUGAAUCCAUAAAACAGACGCAACAGGAUAUCAACAGGAGCAUCACGGCGUUGCGAAGUCGCACGGCAGGCCGAGCGGAGGGCGCCUCCUUCCUGCAGCAGCGCGACUACAUGGUCAUCGUGGCCCUCAUCGUCCUGCAGGUGGUCAUUAACUAUGUCUUCAAGUAG